UGACCUAGUACCUCAGAGAAAAUUCAAGAGAGAAAGCUGCGUUCCUGCCCUGGGCAUCCUGCCAUGAUCCCGGGAUGCUGACUUCCACCUCUAUCACUGGUGAUCAAAUCUGGUUGUCUCUGUGGCUGUAUUGUUGUCCUGAUGACCAGGUAGAUAAGCCUUGAAUGACGGAAAAAGAAUGUAUUGACUGAGUUCACACCCUGGCUCCUUGAGUUGCUGGUGUCUGUGAGUCAACCAUAGCAAGGAGGUGAAGGGGUCAUUGUUACUAUGCGCUUGCCUGGUUCUUGGUACUUCUGCAUUCCUACCUGAUGUGUGGAACAUUUUUGUCAUUCUCCAACAGUCUGCUGUUGAUGAGUAGCCCCUGGUUAGGCCUGUCUGCAUCUAUUUACAUAAACGGCCCAGCUGUCAGCUUCCUCGCAGUACUGUCUGCCCGAUGGGGCAGGGCAGGGACUCCCACUCUCCUUGGGGCUCCCUGUGGUCAGCAUAUAAAAGGUUAGUGGGACCCCACUCUGUAGGCCUUUGGGAAGAGGUGAUGUGGAUGCUGGCUUCUGGCCAGACAGCUGUUUCUUGGUGGCUCUAGCCUGUCGUGUCCUGUAGGAAUGCAGCUCUACCGGCACAAGUCUCUAAGAAAUGUGAUGUUUCCACUGGAAACUGCAAAUCAGGUGAGGACAGUCUCAGCCUGCUCUUUGUCUCAUGUGUCCCUUUUUCUCGUCAGCAUACACUGCACUUGUCUGUGACUUGUGACAAGGCCAAGCUUGGAAAUGUUGGGUGGAAACCCUUCCUCAACUUUGUUCAGAGCAUCUCAGUACAAACAGUUUGUAGGUGUACGUUUACCUAUGUCUUCACCGAAGCAACUGUUAGCUCUUCUAGAAGAGGCCUACCGACUGAGGAGAAUGCUCUGGGCAGCAGCCUUCAGUCUGAGGCAGAUGGAAUCACAGACACCUGGACACCUGACUGCUGCUUGUUCCCAUUCCCUGUCUGUUAACCCUGAACUGUUUGCCACAAAGCGUGCUUCCUUCAGAACCCAACUUAGCAACCUGGAGAAGCCUGAGGCCACUCCUAGAGCAGGAAGCUGCCCUACAUUUGGACAGUAACCAGUAGAACUUGAUACUGACGCCAGAGUGUAAAAAUAAACACCUCGUACAGUUCUGUCUUAAUCCACAGCCAUCAGAGUUGCUAUUAUUAGUCUGUAGGCCAAACAGGCAGCUGUGAUUGGGCAUACGACAGCCUGGACAGGCCUAUCCUGCCAUGUUGGGAUCAGGCUGUUCCUCCCCUUCACACACUGGGAGCUGAGCUGGGGCUCCAGGAGAAGUGCCUGCAGUCUGGGAACAUGUCUUACAGCAGGUAACACUAUCCAUAGAUGGCAUCUUUGCUCUGGGAGGCAGAGUGAGACUCCAAGGCUACCAGCAUAGAUCUGACGGACACGGGAUCAUUAGGCCUAGUGCAGGGGAGAGAAGGAAGGAGGGGAGGGAGGGCAUGACUGUCCUCCCAUCUCCUUUGACUCUGUCUUGGACAGUGUCUUUCUCAGUCCAGGCUGGCCCCCGACAUACUAUGUAGCUGAGGAUAGCCUGCCUCUCUGUGGCGCUGGGAUCACAGGUGUGUGUCAUCAUCCCAGUUUAUUCCUUUGGCUGUUAGAUAAUUUGCCAACAAAUACCUUAGACCUAAAGGCUUUAGAUUUCUCUGGAAACUGGGAAAGAAGAAAAGAAACCAGAACGCUAGUCAUCUACCAGAGACAGAGUAAUAAUAGUGACAUAUUGCUGAGCAUGUAUGUCAGGUAUGACAUGUGCUCUUCAAUUCUACUUCAAGCCUUUGAGGGAAUAUCACAGCAGUUAACAGCAUGAAGUUACCCAGAGUUCUAUAGCUGACAGGUUAUGUCUCAGAUUGGAAUCAGACCCAUCUUAAUGCCAAGUCCUUGCUCUGUACAAUACAGAACCCAACCUCUUAAGUCCUCAGGACAAAGGCAGACACCAUGCACCUGCUUACUAAAUUAUUUAAGUGAACAAAACAAAACUUAUACUAACCUUGGUCUUGUAACUAAAGCAAAUACCACUACUGGUACAAAGAAAGUCUUUGCUGCCCCUACAAAGGCAGUCCCAGUUCUCUGCCUGAGCAUGGAGAGCUGGACUCUGGAAGCUGCCACCUAAACUCUACUGGGAAAUAAGGCACGUCAGGAAAGGCUUCCACUGUGACAGAGGAGUCGCAGAGACACUGACCCCACUGCUGAGAACAUGGCCAGAUUGGAACUAGGCUCCCUAGAGAAGUGAGCCUGUGGUGGCCUCAUGCUGAGGCACGGUAUACUUGGAGGUUUCCUUGAAAGGCAUUAGGCUUCCCUCUGCUCGCUCCCUCACCUCCCCCACCCUGGCCCCACAACUGGUUUGUGUAAUUCAAUCUGGAUUCUUCUCAUAGCCACCUCUCUAUGCAUAUGUGCCCUUUUAUUUACAGCUCUGCACACACUGAUUGGCUAGCAGUUUGGCAGCCUGCAUGCUUCAGUUCUCUGUCUGAGAGGAAGGGGAGCAGAGAACACUGUGGCUUUGCUUCCCCGAACCCAGGAGCCAAAAGGCACUACCAAAGGAUAAGCAAGGUGUUGACCACACCGGACAGCUGAGAAGCGGUUCAGAGGCGUUGUUUGAUCCAGCUGUCUUACUCCUGCAGAUCAGUACUUAAGAACUGUCUCCAAGCAAAGCCACACUGGGCUCCAGCGCUAUUCCUGUCUCUAGUCUUGGUGGUGUCUUGCUCCCUUACUUCGCCUGCAUCUGGCAUUGGGAGACUUUGAGGGCCUUGCUGACUGCUGCAUUCUCCAUCCCUUCUUCUGAAGAGCUCAGUCUGUCAAGGUGCCAAGCUCUCCUGAUGAAAUGUGUUCUGCCCCACUGGGCUCCAAAGGCAGUGUCUGGCGCUGUUGAUGCCCUUGUUCGAACUUUCCAAAAUGGAUAGCCCCCCUAAGCUGACUGGAGAGACCCUCAUCGUCCACCAUAUCCCCUUAGUGCACUGCCAGGUCCCAGACAGGCAGCGCUGUGGGGGGGCGAGUGGAGGUAGUGGGGGCCCGAGACCCAGCCCCUUCUGCACGGCCGAGCUGGGCCUUACUCAGGCUGACCAGGACCCGGGACAAGCUGACUCCCUGCUGUGCAACAGUGUGCACUCUGCUCCGGGGGCAUCUACACGGUCUGCAGACAGCAUCAAGAGCAGGAGUCGGGAUGGCAGAGGCCCUGGAGCUCCCAAACGACACAACCCCUUCCUGGUGCAGGGAAAUGUGGGCGAGACAGGACUCUGUGGCCUGUAUGAUGGCAGCACUGUUGACAGUGCCACCCAGCAGUCCUUCCACCUGCACAGCGGCACCCAGCCCACCUUCCACCUGCCAUGGGGAGCAGCGCGUGGUCGGCCCGCAGUGGUGGAGGGGCAGGAGCAGCAGCCGGCGAUAACCUUGGGUGCCCAGCAGGGCAGCGCCGGCCACUGCUGCCGACCGGAGCUGGACUCUGAGACCAUGGAGCUAGAUGAGUGUGGGGGACCUGGUGGCAGUGGCGGUGGAGCCAGUGACCCCUCUGCCUUCCCCUUUCACCAAGAGUGGAAGCUGAGUUCAGAUGAGUCCCCAAGAAGCCCUGGACGCCCAGGCUCGGGAGCCCAGCAUUGCCGCUGCAGUAGCACAUCCAGUCAGUCCGAGGCCGCUGACCAGUCCAUGGGCUACGUCAGCGACUCCUCCUGCAACAGCUCAGAUGGCGUGCUGGUCACGUUCAGCACCCUCUACAGUAAGAUGCAUGGAAGCUCCCGUGCCAACCUCAACUCUGUCCCUCAGUCCUGCAGUGAGUCUUCCUUCUGCAGCCACUCAGACCCCGGAGCCUUUUACCUGGACCUGCAGCCCUCCCCAGCGGAGUCGAAAAUGUCUUGUGAGUCCCACCACCCUGAAAACGGGGACAGGGAGGAGGGCUGCGGUUGUCCUCAUGCCUCGUCUCCUGAGGUGGAUGCCAACUGCAACUCCUACCGCCCGCACUGUGAGCCCUGCCCGGCUGUGGCUGACCUCACAGCCUGCUUCCAGAGCCAGGCCCGCCUUGUGGUGGCCACCCAAAAUUACUAUAAACUUGUCACCUGUGACCUAUCGUCCCAGUCCUCCCCAAGCCCAGCUGGCUCCUCCAUCACCAGUUGCUCUGAAGAACACACCAAGAUAAGUCCUCCACCAGGCCCCGGCUCAGACCCAGACCCCAGUCAGCCCUCUGAGUAUUACCUCUUCCAGAAGCCAGACUCCCAGCCAGAGGAACAAGAAGCAGGGAGUUCCCCAACAGAAGCAGCAACUGCCACAGGCCCCGCUGUACUCGAAGGGCAAGUGUACACAAAUACUUCACCCCCCAACCUAAGCACCGGCCGACAGCGCUCUCGAAGCUAUGACCGAAGCCUGGAGCGCAGCCCCCCUGUCCGCCUGGGCUCGCUGGAGCGAAUGCUGAGUUGCCCAGUACGCUUAAGUGAGGGCCCCGCAGCCUUAGUUGGGUCUGCUUCCCCACCCAAGAGGGUCACCUCUUUCGCUGAGUUGGCCAAAGGCCGGAAGAAAGCUGCAGCAGGCUCUGGCUCCCCACCACUUCGGGUGAGCGUUGGAGACUCUUCCCAGGAGUUCUCACCCAUCCUGGAAGCCCAGCAAGAUAGGGCAGGCCCACUUGACGAGGGCACUCGGUGUAGCCAUAGUCUGCCGUCCAUGCCCUUGGGGCCAAGCCUGGACCUCCUUGGCCCAGAACCCUGGUCCACCCAGCUUUGUCAGGGCUCCCAGUCCAGCGAGAUGCCACUUCCUAGCCUCAGAGCUGCUGGGCAGGGCCCCUUGGCCCAGCUGAUGGAUGCCGGGCCUGCUCUCCCAGGGAGCCCAGCCAACAGCCAUACCCAGAGGGAUGCGCGAGCUAGAGCUGACGGGGGCGGCACUGAGAGCCGCCCAGUGCUUCGCUACAGCAAGGAGCAGAGGCCGACCACGCUGCCCAUCCAGCCCUUCGUGUUCCAGCACCACUUCCCCAAGCAGCUGGCCAAGGCCCGAGCCCUCCACAGCCUUUCCCAGAUCUACAGCCUCGCAGGCUGCAGCCGCGCACAGCAGCCUGCCGCACUGGCCGUCCCCGCUGCCCCAGCUCCCCCAGGAGAGCCGCAGGCACCCGCACCCCACACCACUGGCAGGGGUGCCAGGAAAGCUGGGCCUGAGCCGGAGACCUCAAGGCCGUCACCCCUGGGAAGCUACUCCCCUGUCCGGAUUGCCGGCCCCUUUGGGCCCAGCACUGACUCGUCUGCCUCUGCCUCCUGCUCCCCUCCUCCAGAGCAGGCCACAGCGGCACAAAGUCUCCCCACAUGGAGCCACACGUGUCCUACUGUGCGGCCUGCCACCUCCCAGCAGCCAUUGAAGGAGGAUCAGAAGAUUCCAACCUUGGCUGAGUACCGGCUUCAUGGCACAGGAAGCUUGCCGCCUCUGGGCUCCUGGAGAUCUGGCUUUUCCCGGGCAGAGAGCCUGGCCCGAGGAGGCGGUGAGGGCAGCAUGGCCUCCAGGCCCAACAAUGCCAACCACCUGUCCCCUCAAGCCCUCAAGUGGCGGGAAUACAGGAGGAAGAAUCCAUUAGGGCCACCUGCUUUGUCAGGAAGCCUAGAUCGAAGACCACAGGAAGCUCGGCUGGCCCGCAGGAACCCCAUCUUUGAGUUCUCCGGUUCUUUGGGCACUGCCAGCCAUCUGAAUUGCCGGCUGAAUGGCCAGGUAGCAAAACCAUUACCACUGGCCUGCCCUGACCUGCAGGACCCCUUCUCCUUGGCUGAGAAGCCACCAGCUGAGUUUUGUCUGUCUCCAGAUGGCACCUCUGAGGCCAUUUCCAUUGAUGUCCUUCAGAAAAAAGGGCUGGUAAAAGCUGUCAAUACUGCUGUGGACCUCAUUGUGGCCCAUUUUGGCACAAGCCGGGAUCCCGGUGUCAAGGCAAAGCUGGGAAACAGUUCUGUGAGCCCCAACGUAGGCCACCUGGUGCUGAAGUACCUCUGCCCUGCAGUCCAAGCUGUGCUGGAGGAUGGGCUCAAGGCCUUCGUACUAGACGUGAUCAUCGGACAACGUAAAAACAUGCCUUGGAGUGUGGUUGAGGCUUCCACACAGCUAGGCCCAUCCACCAAGGUCUUGCAUGGUCUCUACAACAAAGUCAGCCAGUUUCCAGAACUCACCAGUCACACUAUGCGCUUUAACGCCUUCAUCCUCGGCCUGCUCAACAUCCGGUCCCUGGAGUUCUGGUUUAAUCACCUGUACAACCAUGAAGACAUCAUCCAGACCCACUACCAGCCCUGGGGCUUCCUGCGUGCCGCUCACACCGUGUGUCCUGGCCUCUUUGAGGAGCUGCUGCUGCUGCUGCAGCCGCUGGCCCUGCUGCCCUUCAGCCUGGACCUGCUCUUCCAGCACCGGCUGCUGCAGAGCGGGCGGCAGCAGCGGCAGCACAAGGAACUGCUGCGGGUGUCCCAGGACCUGCUGCUGUCUGCACACUCGACACUGCAGCUGGCCAGAGCCCGAGGCCAGGAGGGCCCUGGCGACAUGGACAGGGCGGCCCCUGGGGAGCGGGUGAAGGGUGUGGGUGCCUCAGAAGGCGGAGAAGAGGACGAGGAAGACAGCGAAGGGGCUGUGGGGAGCUCAGAGCCUGGCAGGUGGGCCCGAGGAGGGCAGGCCGGCUGGUGGUACCAGCUCAUGCAGAGCUCCCAGGUCUACAUCGAGGGCACCGCGGAGGGCUCCAGAUUCCCUCGCAGUAGCAGCAGUGAGAAAAAGAAAGGGGUAGGCAGUGGGCGGCCUUCCCAGGCUCCACCACCAAGGGAAGGUGUGGUAGAGGGGGCUGAGGCCUGCCCUGCUCCUGAGGAGGCCCUUGGCCAAGAAAGGGGCUGGCCUUUCUGGAUGGGGAGCCCCCCUGACUCUGUGCUAGCUGAGCUGAGGCGUAGUCGAGAGAGGGAGGGACCUGUUGCCCCACCAACAGAAAAUGAAGAAAGGACAGCAGAGCCUGCCCCUGGGGGCAUCAAGUGGGGACAUCUCUUUGGUUCCCGGAAAGCUCAGCGGGAAGCCCGGCCCACAAGCAGGCUGCCUUCAGACUGGCUGAGCCUGGACAGGUCUGUGUUCCAGCUGGUAGCACAGACAAUGGGGGCCCGUCGGGAGCCCGAGCCCAGGGACAGCCUACAAGAGCCACACUCUCCAGCCCUGCCCUCCAAGCCUCCAUGUGAGGUGCAGGCGCUGUGCCACCAUCUGGCCACCGGCCCUGGACAACUCAGCUUCCACAAAGGGGAUAUCCUGCGGGUGCUGGGACCAGCCGGAGGAGACUGGCUGCGCUGUAGCCGCGGCCCUGACACCGGCUUGGUGCCUCUGGCCUAUGUGACUCUGACCCCAACUCCAAGUUCACCACCUGGAAGCAGCCAAAACUGAGGCCCUGUGCAUGCUGGUGGCCUCAGGGACCCUCCUGUUCCCCGAGACUCGGAGCCCGAGAGCCCUUAGGCUUGGCUACAAGAAGCAGACUGAGAGCUGGAGCCAGUAUCCCUGGGCUGGCACCUGCUCCCUGCUCAGUAUUCAGCAUUCCUCCUCAGCUGCCCAGACCCCCAGGGAAGGAGGGGCGGGCACAGCGCUGGGCUGCCAAGACUUUUCCUAGCCCAUAUGUCCAUGGGGGUAGACAAGUCUCUGGGGGGAGAUGGCCCAGAGGUCAUUUGUGGGUUCACUAGACUGAGUGACGAUGAGGAUGGACAACAGUAUUGGGGCCAGAGUCCUAAGCCCCCAUGCUGUAAAUAGGCAGUGACCAGUGGCUGGUCAUCAGAGUAGGAGGAGGAGCCCAGGCUUCUGUUCAUGUAUUUAUUUAUUUAUUUAUUUAUUACACCUAUUAAUAAAAAGGUGCUCAGCCUCCAAA